AUGCCCCCUUGGCCCAAUCACUCGGAUUGCCUCUCCCAUAACUGCAGCUGGGAGGAGACCCACAACGCCACAAGUACCGCCGACCCUGCACAGCCUCCUCUCAAUUACUAUUCAAUCCCUCUCCUCACUGCCAUCACCAUCGCCUGCACGCUGCUGUUCCUGGUCGGGGUGGUCGGGAACGUCAUGACCAUUUUGGUGGUCAGCAAGUACCGGGACAUGCGCACCACCACCAACCUGUACCUGUGCAGCAUGGCUGUGUCAGACCUGCUCAUCUUCCUCUGCAUGCCCCUGGACCUCUACCGCAUGUGGAGGUACAGGCCCUGGCGCUUUGGGGACGCGCUCUGUAAACUCUUUCAGUUCGUAUCAGAGUCGUGCACGUACUCCACCAUCCUCAGCAUCACCGCGCUGUCAGUGGAGCGCUACCUGGCGAUCUGUUUCCCGUUGCGCGCAAAGGCACUGGUGACCAAAAGGCGAGUGCGCGCGUUAAUUCUCCUCCUCUGGACGGUGUCCCUUCUGAGCGCCGGGCCCGUGUUUGUCAUGGUGGGAGUAGAGCGGGACAGCAUGGGACCAUCAAACUAUAGUUUGUGGAUGAAUGAGACUGGCUUGUACUUUGACACUGGUGACACCCGGGAGUGUAAGAUGACGCACUACGCCGUGGAGUCAGGCCUGAUGGGAGCCAUGGUGUGGCUGAGUUCCGUUUUCUUCUUCAUGCCGGUGUUCUGUCUGACGGUUCUCUACAGCCUUAUAGGCCGUCGGCUGUGGCAGAGGCACAAGGAGACAAACAUGAGCUCCCGUGUGGCUCACAGGGACAAAAGCAACAGACAGACCAUCAAGAUGCUGGUGGUGGUUGUUCUGGCCUUCGUCCUGUGUUGGUUGCCGUUCCAUGUGGGUCGGUACCUGCAGUUCCGCUCCCUGGAUGCUCCAUCCCCGCUGCUGUCGCUGUUGUCUGAGUACUGUAGCUUGGUGUCCGUGGUUCUAUUCUACCUGAGUGCCGCCAUCAACCCGAUCCUCUACAACACCAUGUCCUGGAAAUACCGGGGCGCAGCGGCGCGCCUCUUCGGCCUGACCGACAGCCAUCCGGCACGGGGACGCACAGCCAGUACCGUGAAGGGAGACGGCUCCAACGGCUGGACGGAGUCCACAGUCAGCUUCUAA